UUCAGGCUCAUCUUCCCAUCAGCUGCUGCAGCUAUGAGCGGGUCUACAGCGUCUCUCAGACUCUCUCUUAUUCUGUCUGUUUAUUAUCUCAGCUCUUUAUCUCAGUCUGGAGCUGCCUGGAGCUUCCAGCAGAACAGGACUCAUGGUUUGCUCAGGAAGUCUCGUCAGGCUGAAUCGCUGACUCCUAUAGACUGUAAGCUGAAGAGCUGGACAGCCUGGACUCCCUGUAACUCCUGUACUGAGAAAUCGCUGCGCUUCCAGUACCUGGAGCGUCCCUCCCAGUACGGUGGUACUGAGUGUGUGCACAGUCAGUGGGAUGAGAAACUGUGUCCCCUGGCGGGCGAGUGUGAGCUACCGGACGACUGUGGAGAUAUGUACACCUGUCCUGAAUCAGGACGAUGUAUCGGUCAGCACCUUCGCUGUAAUGGUGAGUUUGAUUGUGGGUCUGGUAGUGAUGAAGAAAGCUGUGAGGAAAUCAAAAGCCGAGAAACCAAAUGUAACGGCAUGCUUCGCAUUCCUGGAGCUGAGAAGGCCAUUCAGGGCUAUAACGCUUUAGCCGACACUUUCGUCAGUCCAGUUCUGGAUCACAGGUAUUUCGGAGGUCUGUGUGAAUAUAUCUACAACGGAGAGUGGAGGCAGCUCACCUACGACGCCUUCUGUGAAAACCUUCACUAUAACGACGCUGAGAAAUACUUCAGAAAGCCCUACAACUUCCUGUCCUACCGCCUGCUGGCACAUUCCAGGACUGAAGGAUCGUCUGAAUACUACAGUGAUGCUGCCAGUCUUCUGGAAGCCAGGAAAAGGGAUGUUUCUGUUAAGGUUGGCCGGUCAAUGGGAGUCAUGGGUGUGGAAAUAGGAAACUCUAUAAGUGUCGAAACAUCGUUCCUCACAAAUAUAUCUCAGUAUAACACUAAGGAUGUGGGAUUUGUCAGGCUGGUAUCGAAGGUGGAGACGGCUCAGUUUAAGAUGAGGACGCGGGACCUGGUGCUGGACGAGGACAUGCUGCAGACGCUGAUGGAGCUGCCAGAACAUUACGACUUCGGCUCCUACUCCCACUUCCUCAGAGAAUACGGCACCCACUACGUCACGCAGGGCACGCUGGGGGGCAUGCUGGAGUACGUGGCGGUGGUCAACAAGGAAGCCAUGAAACAGAGCAAGUUGGAGAAGUCUGUCGUCAACUUUUGUUUUGGAAUUUCUCUCGGAUUAACAAAGUCUUUCACAGAGGAGUUAAGCAGCACAUUAAAAGUAUCACAAAAUGUAUGCUCGAAAACAGACAAAUCUACAGAUGAGUCGAAAAGCAAGAACAGUGUGAUCGAGGAUGUCUUCGGAUUCGUGAAAGGAGGCACCACUGGCACCAGUGCUGCUCAUCUAGCCAUCCAUGAUGCUAACACCUACAGACAGUGGGGGAAGACUCUUAAAUACAGCCCAGCGGUUAUUGACUACGAGACUCUGCCGAUCUACGAGCUGCUGCGGUUCAGCGCGGUGGCGGAUCAGGUGGGAAAGCGGCUGCCCCUGAUGAAGCAGGCGUGGGAGGAGUACAUGCAGCAGUUUAACCCCUGCCGCUGCGCCCCCUGCAGGAACAACGGCAUCCCCGUGCUCUCCAGGACGGCCUGCAGCUGCAUCUGCAGGGAGGGAUACAGCGGCCUGGCCUGCGAGAGAACCACGAGAAAAGGUCCUACUCACGGAGGCUGGAGCUGUUGGGGGGACUGGACCCCUUGCCAGUCCGGGACGAGAACCCGACGGCGGGAGUGUAACAACCCCCCACCCAAAGACAACGGCUUCCCCUGCCAGGGAACCUCUACUCAGAGGAGAAGCUGCUGAAACUACGACUGAUUCUAAAUUCUAAACUACACUGCUAUUAAAAAGCUGAUGUUUAAUAUCUGAUCAGUGCUUUUAAUGCUUCUGUAGAAUUACUCUGCACACCAACAGAGCUGUUUCAAAAAGUACAUGAAUAUUUUACACAUUGAUUAAAUGUGAACAUUUAAAA